UCAACACAAACAUUCCAUUGGUGGUACACCUCUCAGUAGAGAAAUCUGUGGAAAUGUCAGGAAGAGGAAGGGCAAGAGGAGGAAGAGGAACAAGCGGAGGAAGAGGAGCGUGGGGGCGGGGGUGGGGCCAGCAAGGAGCUUCUACCGGACGCGGCCAACAUUCGCCGGCCGGUGGCAGUCCAGGCUAUGGUCGAGGCGGAAAUACUUCACCAGCUGCGGGCCAGCAAGGAGCUUCUACCGGACGCGGCCAACAUUCGCCGGCCGGUGGCAGUCCAGGCUAUGGUCGAGGCGGAAAUACUUCACCAGCUGCGGGCCAGCAAGGAGCUUCUACCGGACGCGGCCAACAUUCGCCGGCCGGUGGCAGUCCAGGCUAUGGUCGAGGCGGAAAUACUUCACCAGCUGCGGGCCAGCAAGGAGCUUCUACCGGACGCGGCCAACAUUCGCCGGCCGGUGGCAGUCCAGGCUAUGGUCGAGGGGGAAAUACUUCACCAGCUGCUGCUGCUCCACCUCCUGAUCCAUCUCCGGUGGCGUGGUCGUCGGCCGGUAACCUUGGCCGUGACUUGGAACAGAAGCAAACGGCUCAAGCUUCGUCUUGGAGCCAGCCGGCGGCUUCGUCUUGGAGCCAGCUGCUAGUUUCGUCUUCGAGCCAGCCGCCGGCUUCGCCUUCGAGCCAGCCGCUGGCUUCGUCUUCGAGACUGCAGCCGGCUUCGCCUUCGAGCCAGCCGCUGGCUUCGUCUUCGAGCCUGCCGUCGGCUUCGUCUAAGGCGUUGAGGCAUGCGCCGAGGCCUGGGUUCGGAACUCUCGGUAGUGGAAUGAAGGUGAAGGCGAAUCACUUUCUCGUCACGGUUGCCGAUCGAGAGCUGAAUCAGUAUGAUGUUACAAUCACACCUGAGAUAACAUCAAAGAAGGUAUCUAGGGAAGUUAUGAAGGAGUUAGUCAAGUUAUAUGGCGAAUCUGAUCUUGGGAUAGAUAGGUUAGCUUAUGAUGGAAGGAAAAGCUGCUACACCGCCCGACAGUUUCCCUUCACAUCUAAAGACUUCGUAGUUAAGCUCGAAAGGUCUGGGAGGGAGUUCAAGGUCACUAUCAAAUUUGCAUCCAAAGCUAAUCUUUACCACCUUAACCAAUUUUUACUGGGUCAGCAACUUGAUGUUCCUCAAGAAACAUUGCAGUUUCUUGAUGUGGUUCUGCGUGAUAAGCUCUCCAACGACGUCCUCUAUGAAGCAGUUGGAAGAUCAUUUUUCUCUCGGUUGCAGAACGAUAAAGGAGAUCUUGGAAAUGGCGUUGAAUAUUGGAAAGGCUUUUAUCAGAGUCUACGUCCUACACAGAUGGGCUUAUCUCUGAACAUUAAUAUAUCAGCCCGUGGGUUUUUCAAAGCUAUUAAAGUUACUGACUUUGCAGCUGAAUUCCUGAACAAAAACCUGACUGAGGCUUUGUCUGAUCAGGAUCGAAUUAAGUUGAAAAAAGCAUUAAGGAAUGUCAAGGUUGAGACCAAUCAUCGGGGUUUCUUGAAACAGAACCGGAUUACUGGAUUUUCGACUGACCCAAUAGAGAAUUUGAUGUUUAACUAUGAUGAAAAUGGAGGAACGAUCUCUGUUGCUGAGUAUUUUCGACGGAAGUAUAAAGAACCUAUAGAUUAUCCAUUUCUGCAAGCUGUUCAAACCGGUAGCGACGCAAGACCUGUUUAUCUUCCGAUGGAGAUAUGCACAAUUGCAGAGGGUCAAAGAUAUACGAAGAAAUUGAAUGAAGGACAAGUUAUAGCUUUGUUGAAAGCUAACUGUCAGCGUCCCUCUGAACGAGAAAAUGGUGUUUUCCAGAGGGUUCGUAGAAACGGUUACAAUGGUGACGAACUGGUCAGUAACGUGUUUGGUAUGACAGUUGGGACAGAUCUUACUGUUGUAGAGGCCCGCGUGUUGCCUCCACCUAAGUUGAUAUAUCAUGAUUCCCGAGGGGUGGUCACCACAGUCGAUCCGAGGGUAGGACAAUGGAACAUGAUUGAUAAGAAAAUGGUCGAUGGCGGCAAAGUGAAAUCCUGGGCGUGCAUAAACUUUUCCCGAGAACAGUUUGAUGUUAACAGAUUCUUACGUGAGUUGAUUUGGAUAUGCCGCAGUAAAGGCAUGGAGUUUAAUCCGCUACCUAUACGUCCUUUUCAUUCAGCUGACCCUCGUCGAAUCGAAGAUGAGUUAACAGAGUUCGAUAGAGCCACCGGGAAGAGUCUUGAGUUGCUCUUUGUCAUUUUGCCUGAUGCCCGUGGCUCGUAUGGAGAAAUCAAACGAGUUUGUGAAACAAAAUUGGGAUUGAUAUCUCAAUGCUGUCAGGCUAGCCAGGCAAAAAAAUUCAACAGAAAAUACAUGGAAAAUGUUGCCCUGAAGAUAAACGUGAAGGUUGGAGGAAGAAAUACUGUUCUGGCGGAUGUGGUGAAUGGCGGAAUGCCAUUCUUUACCGGGGUCCCCACCAUAAUCUUUGGAGCUGAUGUUACACAUCCUCAACCCGGAGAUUAUUCGUCUCCCUCCAUCGCUGCAGUUGUUGCAUCAAUUGAUUGGCCGGAGGUGACAAAGUACAAAGGACUUGUUUCUACACAGACACGCCGACAAGAGAUCAUUCAGGAUCUCUACAAUCUGAAGCAAGAUCCUCAAAUGGUUCCGACUGACACUGGAAUGAUCAGGGAGCUGCUGACGGCCUACUAUAACUCGACCAAGCUCAAACCUAAAAGGAUUAUAUUUUACAGGGAUGGAGUCAGUGAGGGGCAAUUCCAGCAGGUUCUUCAUUACGAAGUUGAUGCAAUUACGAAGGCCUGUUCUUCCCUUGAUGUGGAAUAUAAGCCAACAAUUACGUUCAUCAUCGUGCAGAAGCGACAUAACACUCGCUUCUUCCCUGUUAUACAAAAGAACCACCAGACAACAGAUAAUAGUGGCAAUAUUUUGCCAGGUACUGUGGUAGAUAGUAACAUAUGCCACCGAACUGAGUUUGAUUUCUAUCUCUGUAGCCAUGCCGGCAUCCAGGGAACAAGCCGUCCGGCCCAUUACCACGUGCUGCAUGACGAAAAUGGCUUCACUGCAGACAACUUGCAAAGUCUUACCAACAGCUUGUGCUACACGUAUGCUCGAUGCACUCGCUCCGUCUCGAUCGUUCCUCCGGCAUACUAUGCCCACCUGGCUGCAUUCCGUGCGCGAUACUACAUCGAAGGCAACGUAGUCUCGGACAAUGGAUCCGGGACAGAGGGGGAACAAAACAGGGAGGUUGUGGCAUUGCCCAAGAUUAACGACAGGGUGAAGGAGGUGAUGUUUUACUGUUAACAGAUUCGAUCCCUACCAAGGUAAUAAGUCGUAAAUUCCACUUUAUAUUUUGCGAUUCGAAUCGAUUGCUGCGUCGGUUCUUUCUUUUAUUUUGAGUGUGAGGCUGUGGUUCGCUUUUUUUACGCUGUCCAUGGCGAUUUGAGCUGUUUUUGAAACAACAUGUGCUGUUUUUUCUUUUAUCAACUGUGCUGGCUUUUACAUGGUAUGAUAUGAUAAUAAUGAUA